GGGGAGCCUCGGCACUCAUGACAUACCUUCAGCCCCGCGCAAGGCAGGCAAACUUCGGGCGGGGGCCGUAGCCGGAGCGGCGCCGGGGGGGCAGCGCUGGCCUCGGCCCGAGGAUGUGAGCCCGGCACAGUGCUUGGUGUAAUCUCUUCUUGAGCUCAAGAGUGCUGACCCCGCUACUUCACCUCUCUUAAUGGGCUGUAUAGUGACAGAGUAGCCCAGUGGUGCAUGAAGAUCAGCAGCUUGGACCCAGUGGCUGUUUUCUGCAGCAGGAGACUUGCAGUAGGCUUCUCUUCCAUGGUGGAGGCGUCAAGGAUGUGUCUCUGAUGGAGCCUGAAGAAACCAGUGAGGGAGGUACCACUCCCCUGGAAGCCAGCAGCACCACUGGGGAGGCCUGGGAUUCUAUGGUAGCCAAAAAAGAACAUAAUGCUCCUCACACAUCAGUCAAGAUGAGCGCCAGCCCAUCUGACUCUGUAAAGGGAGGAGAGCUCAACCCUCCCCAGGACUGCCUUUCUGCUCCAGGGGAAGCAGCAGAGAUGCUGGGCAGAUCCUCUAACCCCGUGCAAAAAGUGCCAGCAGGACCGGAACUGGAGCAAAGUGAUGCAGGGCCUCAAAGAGGACUCUCAGAACAUGAAGGAGAGAUACUUUCAGAAGAGGGUGGAGUGGAUUGUUCUCUCAAACUUAACCAAGUAGAGCUUGCUGCCCUGGAAAGCAACCAGGACUCUUCCUUUCCCAGCACGGUCCAGGAUGGGCUGGCCCAUAGCAGCAACAUCAUCCUGCAGGCUGUGGACCUUGGCACUGAAUGUCCUCAGUGCCAUGCAGAACACAUGGCUCUUCACAGCUCAGAUACUCAGGCCCAGUGUCUGAAAUCUCCUUUGGCUGAUGCCAUUCCCUCUCAGAGAGAACCAACAAAGUGUUUCGUGGUGUGUAAAACCACUUCAGAGGGCCACUAUAAGGCCGAGCCUUUUCUGGAUAAGAUCUUGACAGAGUCUUUGCAGGAGGUUGAAGCUACUGAAGAGCAACAAAGCACCACAAAAGUGGUACCAGCAACUGAUGCAAAGCCUACCUCAAGGGUAGCAGCAGAAGACAAGCCUAACACUUCUGAAGAUGCUAAGGAAAGCAUAAGAGCACUGCAGGGUCAGGGAGGGAAUACAGAGUCAUCCUCUUCCCAUCAUGUGUCUUCCACCUUAACAGAUGACAGUCAGAUAAGUUCACUGCAUGUAGAAAGAAACAUCUUAGCUGGUGAGACAAGGAACAGCAGCAUGGUCAAGGACCAGGGAACAGUGAUGGUUCCUAAGCAAAAUUCAUCCGUUUCUGAAAGUCUUCAUCUUGAAGAAGAUGACCACAGAAAAAUUGAGAGCGCACCUGCCUCUCCAGUAGGGAGUGCUAUCCAAACAAAGGAUGCUGCUAUAAAAAUGGAAGAAAUGAAUGAUUCACAGCAUAAGCAACCACGACACAAGGAACCAGAACAGGAGGGGGCAGUGUCUGAACUUAAGCAGGCAGAGAAAGAAGAGGAGAAGAAAGAGUUCAAAGAGCAGAAUCUGCAGGAAAAAGGAAAACUAGAGCUGGAGCCCAAAGAUCAGAAAAACAAGGAAGGGAAUGAGCUGGAACAAGAACUGCAGAAGGAAAAGCUUGAACUGGGGGCUUUGUCAUCAGCCUUCAGUUCAGAGACAUCUAUUCCCAGAUACAAAGGAGACUUCUGUGAUUUGGAGAAUGGUUCUGUUUGCUCAGCUAAAGAAACAGCAUUUCUUCCUGGGGAAUCUGUCUCUGUGAGUCAGCAGCCUGGUGAAGAUGUGCUGCUGAAAGCCUAUGUCACAGCAGCAGAUUCUGGAUGUCAACCAGCUGCUGUCAGUCCUCUGUCAUCAAAUAGCCUGAACCCAGUGGAUGAAACUCCCAUGGUGCCCCCACACACAUGCCAUACCUCCGACCAGGUAGAAGACCUGGAAGACUCUGGCCGCUUUUCCAUCAGCGGUCAGGAUAGCGCAGCUGACUGGGAUGACAAAACAAAACUGAGCAAGGAGGAUGAGCACAGUGAUGGAAAUGGAAAGGCAGUCCAGAAGUUUGAUAAAAGAGAUGCAGCACUCUGUGAAGGAAUGGCAGCAUCCUUUAGUGCAGAGAACUCGGGAGCUUCUGUUCCAGCAUACUCUUCCUCUGGUACCAAGAACUUGGAGCCACCUGAUUUCAUAGAUGCUCAUUCCAUUACAGAAAAUUCGGGAAAAGCUGAGCUUCAUGACUUCGUUCCAGUUAUGCCCUUAGAGCUCACCUCAGGAGCUUCAACAUCUGGCCAACAUCAAGAGGAUGAUGAUGGAACACCCUCUGUCAGCUGUGAGGAAUGUCCCGGUGCCAACCUGGACAAAUUGCUAGAUUCUGUAGAGAAGCCAGCCAACCAAGGUGCUCCUCUGUAUGUGCAGGACCCAGCAUCAGGGGAAACUGGUAUUUUAACUACCGAUCCAGGGGAGGCCUACAUUUCUCAUGAACUGCUUACCUCUGAGGAAGGCUUUCAUAAAGGGCUUAGUGGCCUGUCUUCUUUCUCUGUAGUAUACAUGAGCUCUCCUCUGGAGGAGGAGAGCCCUCCUGGAGGUAGAGGGACAGUGACUUUUGUUGCAGGGCCUCUAGAAUCACCCCAAACACCAGACAGGACUUCCACUCCCCUGAGCUACCCAGAGACAAUUCAGCAUUACCAAAACCCCCCAGAAAAGGUUGCUGUUAUCCAAGGAAGUGAAAUGGAAGAAAAUGUGGCUCAUGAGGCACAACAAAUGCCUUUACUUGAUCGGUGUGACUGGAAUGUAAACCAAGAAGAACCUGGAUCCAGAAUCUCCAGUGUCCUGAGCACCCUAACUUGGCCCCCUGAAGAAGCUAUGGUACUUACUGUGAACCAGCAAGGACCAACUCUCUCCCCUGCACCUGAAUCAAGCCUACCUCUGGUAUCUAAGCCUGAUGCCAAACAGCUUCCACAUCCUCCAUCCCAUGUCCCAAGCCCCAGCCAGGUUCAGGCCCCUGCACUUAAUGCAAACCACCUUGCCCAGACUCCAAAUCUUGACAGUAACCAGCCACCAGCUCCUGUACCCUACUCUAGUCCACAUCUAAACUGUGCUAUAGACAAUAAUGACUUACUAGCCAUUCCCCCUGCUAUGAGCCACCCUCUCCAGACUGUCAGCGCUGUAUCUGAUUCUAACACUGUGGCCUCUGCUCCUGAUGCAGAAGUGGCAGAGAAAGAUGUCCUUGUUCCAGCAACUAAAGAGUGGGAGCUCUGUGACUCAGCUACCCAGGAUACAGAGACUUCUGAUGAUUCAGGGGUCAGUCUGUUGGCCAAAAACUUUUCUGCCAUUGGAAAUGAGCCAUUGACCAGCUGCUCUGACACCAGCCCUGAAACAAUGGAUCAGUAUAUGGAUAUACAAUGUGGAAAAUCCUCACCUGACCACAACUCUUGGCCCUCACUGGAAGGCCUGAGAAUGUCCAUGGACUCCAAAAAUAGAGACUCUGUACAGCCACUUCCGAUGCUAGCAUUCACCAAUCCAAUUCACUUCCUUCAGCUCAGCCCUACAUCACCACCAAGCACCAGAACAACCUGCAAAGAGGAGGUCUCAGGGGAGAUGCAGUGGGAGCAACAGGCAGACAUCUUUAGCAUGGACACAAAGAACAUCUCAGCUCUGGCAAUGAUUACAGAGAAAACAGAAGCUGAGAGGCAGGUCAAGCAAAGGCUGGAAGGACAAGAAGAAUGCCUUUCAGUAGCUCAGCCAAAGGAGGAAGUGACCAGACAUUCACCCUUGGAAAAAUCAUCAAGCUGGCCAGAUAAAAAAAUGAUGAGGGUGGUUGCACAGGAGCUGGGAUCCAGUCAAGAAAACCCAAUUAAACGCCGAGUAAAAAGCAAGGACUGGCACCGGCAGGGCCUGAAAAGGGUAUCAAUACCAUCAGACAUCUUGCAGGAAAUCUCUCCUGUCCCUUCAGAGGAAGAAGCGCCCAAGGCACGCAGGGAGCCACCAGUCAGUUCAGAAACAGUUAUAAUGCGAGAGAAGAAACCUGCAGAUGCAAGGGAGAACUUCAAACGCCGUCACUCCAAACUGAUCAACUCCUCAAGGUUGCUGUAUCAGGAGUACAGUGAUGUGGUUCUGAACAAGGCCAUUCAGAACCAGAAGAGAAUGGACUCUUUCUCAGAGGACAUAGAGUCAAGUUUCCCGAGCUCCCCAAGGCUACGGAGGAAAGUGCUCUCUCCUCAGGACUCAUAUUUGCAACGUCUGUCGGUCUCAUCUAAUGCAUCCCUCUGGCAGGACAUCCCCGUGAUACGGGGCAGCAGAAUGCUACUCAACAUGUCCUGUGAUGAGCAGAAGCUGCAAGAGGCCAAGUUUGAGUUGAUAAUGUCUGAGGCUUCAUACCUGCGCAGUUUAAAUGUGGCAGUGGAUCACUUCCAGCGAUCAUCAGAGCUCCAGGCCGUGCUCACUAAUCAGGAGCGUCAGUGGCUUUUUUCCCGUCUUCAGGAUGUACGAGAUGUCAGUGCCAGUUUCCUCUUUGACUUGGAGGAGAAAUUUGAGGAGGACAUGUUCACCUUCCAUGUGUGUGAUGUGGCUCUGAAGCACGCCCCUGAGUUCCGGAGGGUAUAUCUACCAUAUGUAACAAACCAGACAUACCAGGAGCAAACCUUCCAGCGGUUACUAAAUGGAAAUGCAGGCUUCCAACAAGUCCUGGAGAGACUGGAAAGUGAUCCAGUGUGCCAGCGCCUCUCACUUAAAUCCUUCCUCAUCCUCCCUUUCCAGCGCAUCACUCGACUCAAACUCCUCCUACAGAAUAUUCUGAAGAGAACCCGGCCUGGAUCUGAGGAGGAAGUGCAAGCAACACAAGCUUACGAUGCACUUGAGAAGCUCAUCAAGGAUUGCAAUGAAAAUGUCCAGCGCAUGAAAAGCACUGAAGAGCUGAUCUACCUCAGCCAGAAGAUUGAAUUUGAGUGCAAGAUAUUCCCACUCAUCUCACAAUCAAGGCGACUUGUGAAGUGUGGUGAGUUGACAGCACUGGACUUCAACACCCUGAGUCCAAAAUGGAAAGUCACCACCCGCCCCAUCUACCUACAUCUCUUCAAUGACUGCUUGCUCCUGUCCCGGCCAAAGGAGGGUGGACGUUUCGUUGUGUUUGACCAUGCUGCUUUCUCAGAUGUGCGUGGGGAGAAGUGUGAGAUGAAACUGCAUGGAACAAACAAAAACGUCUUCCGCCUCUUUCUACUUCAGAAUUACCAGGGCAAGAGAGUGGAGUUUCUGUUCCGUACAGAGACACAAAGUGAGAAGCUGCGGUGGAUCUCUGCUUUGGCUCCUCCGCGAGGGGAACCGGACCUCCUGGAGUGUCCUGAUGCACCACAAGUUCAAUGCAUAAGGACCUACAAGGCUCGAGAAAAUGAUGAGCUGGCUUUGGAGAAAGCAGAUAUCAUCAUGGUUAUGCAGAGCAGCACUGAUGGAUGGAUGGAAGGAGUGAAACUUUCUGACAGGGAGAGAGGCUGGUUCCCCUCAGAACAUGUGGAGUUGAUCUCCAGCAAACAUGCACGGCAGAAGAACCUGAAGGAGGAAGAACGUGUGAAGAAUGCUAAGCAGCAGGUCUUCUGCAAUAAAUAAGACUCUACUUUGUUUGGACCUGUACAGUCUCCCUGCCAUGGAUAAACCACCUUUUUCUUCUGUGCCUCAGAAUAAACACCUCUGCAAAGAGCAUAAUACAGCACUUGACAGAACGAGGUGCUUUUACCAAAGAAUGCGGGAAUUCAAUCAAGAAAAAUCAUUCACUUCCUGUGUGUCAUCAUGUCUACAGCAGCAGGAGGAAAAAGGUUGCAUAUAUUGCUUGCUUUGUGGUAGCAGAGAGGGACUUUAAUCAUACAGAGGUCUGGGAUCUGGACUUCUGAAAAUCUAUGCCUGGUUUUGCCACUGACAAAUUUCAGGACCUUGGGCAAGUCGCUUCAGAAUUCUGCCUCAGUUUUCCCAUCUGUGAAAUGGGGGUAAACUUACCUACCUCACUGAAUGUUGUGAGGCUAAAUUCAGUAGUAUUAGUAUACUAAGAGCUUCAAGUUCCUGAGAAGGAAGGUGCUAAGUGCAAAGCACAAUAUAGUCAAGGAGAGUUUUCCAUUUGAGUGUCCUCUUGAUAUCUUGAUAGUUUUGAUCUCCACAGUCUAAUUUCCAUUUAGGACAGUUUAACUACUUGACAGUAGAAGUCUGCUGGUUUUUAAAUAGGAACACUAUUUCAUUGUGCCUGAAUUUAGCUCACUCUCAGCAUAAUGUUAGAGUCUGUGACAGCAUUAGAAAAUCCACUUGAGUUAAGUAAAGUUUUCAGAAGCCACUGUGAUGGUUUCCCCCACCUUAAGGAGUAUCAAGUUGAUGAACUUCACUUUCACAAAGGUCACCUCUCUUCUGAACAAGUGUCCCAGUAAGGUAUCUGUACUCACCAUUUUUUUACCCUUCCUCCUACUCAAAGUAGAACAGUCACUUUUGACAAAGAUUUUUAUGACAUGUUGGUACAUGCCCUGUACAAAAUAACCAUGACUAGACAUAAACAGUAAAGUGGCACUUUCCUGCUGCUCUUAAUCUGAUAGCUGAUGUGGUAUAGCAUGCACCAUUUUGCACACUUAUAGAAAGCACUGAGACAGUUAGCCACUGUAGAUAAAGUCAAAAAUAUGUACCAGGGACUUUGUUCUUUUGUAGAACUCUUUGGUUUUAACUCCAGUUUACAUGCAGUCCUGCUUUUGUGCAGAACUUGUCUAUCUGAGGACAUGACUUCAACUGUAAAAUAUUUUUUCUGUGUUAAGUGUUUGCAUUCAGUUACAUCAAUGCAAGAUCAAGUAUGAGAAUCAAUAUACCAAAGAAAACAAUGUAUAGCCUUCUUGCCUUUAAUAUAUUUGAAGAAUUAGUUAUCUUUGUAUCUCCAGCUUUCCGUCUCUGUAACAUUCUGCCUUUAAUUCCCAUUUACAUUGUACCUGGCAUAGCUUAUUCCAGCCUAUUUAUAUCAAUAAUUUUAGCUGGAUUGAAAAAAAAUGCUUUUAGUCCUAAUAAACUGAUGCACUUCUCCAGUUAAGAUAUACAA